AUGGCCGUCGAGCUGUACCAGUCGCAUGGUAGUACUGACGUGGUGAUUCUUCUGAUGGUGACUGUUGCCCAAUUGAGAGACGGUGUAGAGAUUGACUACGGCUUGAGGCAGCUGUCUCCACAAACAGACUUUCCAUUCGACGAUGAGCCGAAUCGACCCCAUCAACUUUUCUUCGAAUCGAUAAAAUUGCUGCUUGGCGAGCUUCUGGUGUGA